AUGGAGCUCGAUAUUCUCAAGUCCGGCUCGGAAGCGGUGAUCUUGACACUGACCGGCGUCGAUCCCAACAGCACCAUCCAGGAUGUCAAGAGGAAGAUUGCGUUUCAAAAACGCGCCAUUUACCCGGAGCGUCAAUCGCUUCGUUUGGAGUCCAGAGGAAGGUCUCUCGAUGACAAGGUUGUCAUCAGCAGCCUGAAUCUGAACCGCGGCCGUGUCUUGUACCUGAAGGAUCUGGGUCCUCAGAUCGGCUGGAGCACGGUGUUUCUCGCCGAGUACGCCGGUCCCCUGCUCGCCUACAUGAUCUCCUUCACUCGACCCUAUUGGCUGUACGGCAAUAAUGCCGACCUGCCGAUGAGCUAUGUCGUCAAGAUCGCCGCCGCCUGCUGGACUCUGCACUACUCAAAGCGUAUUUACGAAACCAUCUUUGUGCAUCGUUUCUCCCACUCUACGAUGCCAAUUAUGAAUCUGUUCAAAAACUGCGCAUACUACUGGGGCUUCGCCUUCUACAUUGGCUACUUUGUCAAUCACCCCCUCUACACUGAGCCUUUCUUCGGAAAAGUGCAGGUCUACCUCGGCCUCAUUUCUUUCCUGCUGAACGAGUACGGCAACUACUCGAUUCACGUUGCUCUGCGUGACCUGCGUCCGCCAGGAUCCACUGAGCGAAAAAUUCCGAUGCCCACUAAAAAUCCUUUCACCUUUCUCUUCCGCUACGUUUCUUGCCCCAACUACGCCUACGAGUGGUACUCCUGGGCCUCCUUCAGCAUCAUGACCCAAACUCUGCCCGCUGCUAUCUUCACCGCUGUCGGUUUCUAUCAAAUGGCUGUUUGGGCGCUGGGAAAGCACCGCAACUACAAGAAGGAAUUCCCCAACUACCCUAAACGACGAACCGCCAUCGUGCCGUUUUUGCUGUAA